UACAUAAAUGUGAUCUUUUAUGACAGCUGUGAGGUAAAUGUUGAAUUUUCUGUGAGGAUAAUGUUCAUUUGCUGUAGAUCAUCAAAAAGUUGUGCAUGUAAGGAAAGCUAUAGUUUGCUGUGGUUCUGUUUGAAAAAUGCGAAAAAAAAUACUCGUUUUUUUGGUCUCAUAUGAUGUUUACAUUUUGGAAACACUUAAAAAAAAUCAAAAUGAUGUCAAAAAACAUUUUAUUUCUGAACAACACUGAGUUUAACUGGCAGUAGCUCCGCCCAGCCGGAAGACCUUUGGAAACAAAUGAAGCGCACCCGAUGGGCGUGUGUGUUUACUUUCGGUUUCUGAAUAAAAACACUCCUUGAACUCAGUCAGUACAGAGCCAGCGAUAAGACUCUGCCUGAAACAAUAAGGCUUUAAAAUCAGAGAAAUGAUGAACUGCUGUGGUUUGCUGACUGUCCAGAAAGAACCAGUCCCUCUGAAGAGCAUUGAGGUGGAGCUGGAGGUGAGGGACCAUGUGGCUACAGUGGUCUCCACUCUGAACUACCAGAACAAAGAGGACAAACCCAUCGAGGCGGUUUUUGUCUUCCCUCUGCCUGGAGAUGCCGCUGUCUGUCAUUUCAGUGCCAAGAUGGGACAGAAGGAGAUUGUGGCUGAGGUGAAGGAGAAACAGGAGGCUCGUGAGGAGUAUGAUGAUGCUUUGAGCUCCGGUCAGCAGGCUUUCCUGCUGGAGGAGAGUGAUCAGAGUCCAGAUGUUUUCUCAAUGAGUGUGGGCUGUCUGCCUCCAGGAGAGAGCGCCUCCAUCAGGCUGGAGUACGUCACUGAGCUGGCAGUGCAGGCUGACGAGGGGCUGAGGUUUUGUCUGCCUGCUGUGCUCAACCCUCGAUACACACCUCAGGGUAGUGAAGCUCCAGCCGUCCAGGUGAACUCUGUUCCAGCCUCUCUGGUUCCUUACAGUCUGUCUUUUUCUGCUCGAGUGUCCUCUCCUCGUCCCAUCUCUAAAGUGGAGUCCAGCUGUUCCCUGGAUCCUCUCCAGUUCUUGAACACAGACCAAACCCAGGCCACGGUGAAGCUGGGUGCAGGACACAAGUUUGACAGAGAUGUUGAAGUGCUGAUAUAUUACAAAGAUGCCCACCAGCCCACUGCUGUGGUGGAAGCAGGACAGGCCUCUGCAAAACCUGGCACUCUGAUGGGUGAUCCAGUGGUGAUGGUGAGCCUGUUCCCUGAGUUUCCUCAGUCUGUCAUGUCUUCAGUGGCUUCCUGUGGAGAGUUUGUGUUCCUCAUGGACCGAUCUGGAAGUAUGGGGGUCUCAAUGAACAACAAAGACAGAAAUGAGACUCGCAUAAGCAGUGCAAGGGAAACGCUGCUGCUGCUGUUGAAGAGUCUACCAAUGGGCUGCUAUUUCAACAUCUACAGUUUUGGAUCCAGCUAUGAGCACAUCUUCCCUAAAAGUGUGGAGUACAGUCAGCAGACCAUGGAGGAGGCCCUGAAGAGAGUUGGGACGAUGGAGGCAGAUCUGGGAGGAACAGAAAUUCUGAAGCCUCUCAAGCAUAUUCAUGAGCAGCCCUGCAUUCCCAGUCAUCCCAGACAACUGUUUGUCUUCACUGAUGGAGAGGUGGGAAAUACCAGAGAAGUCAUUGAUCUGGUUAAGAAGAAUUCAGGCUCUCACAGGUGUUUCUCCUUCGGGAUCGGGGAAGGAGCCAGCUCUGCUCUCAUCAAUGGGUUGGCCAAAGAGGGAGGGGGUCACGCUCAGUUCAUCACAGGAAGUGACAGGAUGCAGCCAAAGGUGAUGCAGUCGCUGCGGUUCGCUCUGCAGCCGGCUGUGGUGGACAUUUCCAUCACAUGGGAUUUACCAAAGGACGUGUCUGUCACUGUCCUCUCUCCACCAAUCACAGCACUUUUCCAGGGUCAGCGGUCGCUGGUUUACGGCCAACUCAGUGGACAGAGCUCCGAGGCUGCAGAGGGCUGUGUGACGGUGAAGUACAGCCUGGCAGGUCAUCCCACUCAGAACCAGCUGCACUUCAGCCUGAAACCUGAAGAAGAUACUGGGUUAACAGUCCACAGGCUGGGAGCUCGGACUUGGAUUCGCUCUCUGGAGAUGGAGGGAAGAGAGAGCAGAGGGGAGCAGCACACAGGAGUGAAGGAGAAGGUGGUGGCUCUCAGCAUCCAAUCAGGAGUGAGCAGUUGUUUCACUGCCUUCAUUGCUGUCAACAAAGGUGAUGGCGAAGCGAUCCAAGGACCUUUGGUGCGUCGAAAUGUUCCAGCACCCAGAAUGAUGAUGAGAGUGGGCUGUGGCCUUGCACCAUUGAUGGGCUUGGCGUGUUAUAAUCCCAUACCCCCGCCUGUGCCAUUGGGCUGUCGAGUUUCUCCUCGACGUUUGAGUAAAAUGAGGGGCAUGGUAUGUUCUGAUUCCAGACCCCCGGCGCUGCAAAUGAGCUGUCACGUUCCUGCAGCAGCUGGUGCUGCAGACUGGACUCAACCUGAAGAGAAGCCGCCGCCCUGCGACCCUCUGCUGCAGCUGGUCUCCCUCCAGAAUGCUUCAGGUUUCUGGAUGUUGGAUUCAGCUCUGGCUGCUGCACUGGGAAAGACGAGCGAAGAGGUGGAAAAGUCCAAACCUAAACCGGUGAACAGUGAAGUGUGGGCCACCAUUCUGGCUCUAAUCUGGCUUCAGGAGUUUCAGACCGAUGCAAAGGACGAGUGGCAGAUUCUGGCUGGAAAGGCUGUGUUGUGGCUUCAAGCUCAGAACGCUCCAAACGUGACAGAAUGUGUGGAUGCUGGAAAUGCUCUUCUGGGUUGCAGAGUGCAGAAAGAUGCUCUGGGACUCUGAGGAUUCAUUACAGUCUUCACUUCUUCGUUGAUGACAGAAUCGCUUCUUAAAUGUUCUUUUCUGUUUUUAGCUCUUUUCUGUCUUUAGCUCUGUUUUUGUGGAAAGUUUCUUAAGAGGAAAAUUUAAAUUUCUUGUUCUGUGUCUGUUAUUGUCAAAAAUCAACAAAUUUCACAUUAUAAAGCCAUUAAAAUGACAGUGUUUGACAGUGUUAAAAGAUAAAUACAGGUUUUGUAAAGAAAGUGUAAUCAUGUUAGUUGGAAUAAAGUGAAAUAGUAACAUGUUGAUGUGCACUAGUUGGCCUUUAAAAAGGCUCUUGACUUUAAAAACAAACACUGAUUGGUCAAAACUUGCUCUUUUUAGCAUAAACAAUUUUUCUGAAGUCUCGCACUUCAUUUUUGCCUUGAAUCAAAUGAAACUUGGGUCUUUAAAUAGAUUUUGUGUCUUCGGCUUCAUGUAUUUUCUCUGGGCUGCAGAAAAAGGAGUGAACUUGUGGAAUGCUCUGAAACAGGAAAUCAAAGAGUGCAAAUUAUGACAUUUAAGAAACAUAUAAAAAAUUCCACAUUGGAUAAAUAUGAAAAUGAAAACUAAGUUGUUGCGGGUGAAAAAUUUGAUGAAUUUUUGAGUAUUGUUAAAUUUGUAUCAGUUCAAAUCAUUUGUAUGUAAAGGGGCAGAUAUAAUAAGAUUGUUCUUCUUUCUGCUCCUUUUCUUUCAUUUGUUUUGUGUCUAAACUGAUGACAUUGAUGUAUUUUCAUAUUUUUUGUUUUUGUGUUGUUUGAAAUGAAAGAAACCAACUAAACCAAACUAAAAGCUGUUUUCGUCCAUUUCUCCAUGUAAACUGCAUUCAUGACCACAGUGUCACAAGCUGAGGAGCUCUUUGUUUUAUCUGGGAUGAAGAAAGUUUAUCACAAAAGUCACACUUGUUUUUGAACUAAAAUGAGGUUUCCACAAGUAAAUGACCAGAAACUAAAAGUCUCAACCUCAUCAGUGAAGGCAGAAACAACUGAAUUUAUUCAUACAGCACCAAAUACAAUUUACGUUUAUUUCAAGGCUCAUUUCCUGGGUUGGAAGAAGCAGAAGAGACUGUGAAAAGGAAGAACUCCCAUUAAGGCAGAAACCUGUCUUCCUGCUGUUCUGGUUGUUCUGAGGUGACGAGCAGGAAAAGAGGAAGGACAGACAGGUUGUGGGGAGGAAUCCAAAUGUCAGCUGGGAGCAACACAACAUUUCUACAGAGACAUGAAUAUUGUCGUCUUGAAGGAAACAUGAAGAAGGUUUAAAGUUCAAAACUCUGAGAACCAUCUGGGAUUCAGUGACUGUGGUUAGAGGGUGCUGGAAGAGCUGAUAUAUAAUAUAUAAAAAGAAUAGAUAAAUAUAUCAUAUAUUUGUCUAUUCUUUUUUGGCCCUGUGUUUGGCCCGACCUCUAUGUGUGCAUAUUACUGUGAUUUGUCCUACCCCUGUUUGUUUGGGGUUGUUUUUUUUUCCUCUCUCUUUUUCCAUCGUGCCUUUUUCUCAAGUUUUUUUUCCCCAAUAAAUACUGUAAAAUUUGACUGGAUAAAA